GCAUGUUACGAAGCAAUUCAAAACUAAUAUUUUAAUGGGUUUUUUUCUUCUGAAAAUUAAGGCCAAAUUUUUCCUAACCUAUUUUUUAUUUUAUUAAAAUAUAAAGUAUUUUAACAAAAAAAAACAUAAAUAAAAAAAUUCUGAUACAAAAAUUCCUGUCAUACGAAAAAAAUGUUAAAAUUUUAAAUUUUCAACCCGAGAAAAAACUGCGCACAUUUUAUAUUUUUUCUGCAUUUGCCACCUGUACGAUCGGGUAUGAUCCACCUUUGACUGAAUGUUCAACAACUUUCUACUGCCGUACACAGUGGAGGAUGAAUCUUAAUUCCACUCUUCUAGACAUACUUCCAAAGAAAAAAACCACACAACGGGGAAGCUUUCUAGACGAAAGUCGUACGUUAUGACGAAAGGAUAGUGUUUUCUUAACUUCUGAUUGACCAGAACCGGUUUCUUAAUUUUCGAGAAAAGAUCCAAAGAUACUCUGAGAAAGCUGCUAAGCAUAAGAAUGAAAAAAGAAAUGUAGAAUAACCAAUUAGAUAAAUCGAACAUACAUCUUUCGAACAUACACACAUCACUCUUCAUUUACACAUAUAUGUUGUUCAAUUUUUUAUGCUAAUUUCUUAGCAAUUUAUUUUUGAUAUUUACGGCAUACAGUGGUAACAUUUAAUUAUGUUAUAAAUAGGUUCUAAUAAUAUUCCCAAAUAAUAAAAAAAUAUUGAUGUUGCUGCCGAAUUGCAAAUUAUUGCAAAUAUUAUGUUAAGCUUGAAUUUUAGCUAAACUAUCUGUUUUAUUUGCUUCCUAGCCAACGCAUACUGUUUGAACAACGAUGAUCUAAGAUGAUCGUCCUUCACCCCAUUAGCCGCGUUUUUCUGUGACUUGAUGAAAUUAUCACAAUGAAGGAGAAUGGAAGAUCAUGUUUCCAUCUUCUCGAUGUAAAACUUUCUAUUCUCAGUUGAAGAUUCUUUCUAAUCGUGUUGGCCCGAAGUGAGAAGUUUAGAGGUUAAUGCUCUUUCUUUCCAUUGUUCUUUUCCUCUUAUUUUUUGUUAGCGUUCAACGUUUUUUUCCAGCAUGUUCUGUAUAAGCAAGUGGUGUAUUUGGAUUAUUAUAACUUAUAGCGAAUCAUAGUCAAACUUGCCAAAAGCGGCGAAAUUAUUUUAUAGAGGGACAUACACCAGAUAUUUGUUGGAGCAUAUGAGAACCUUGUAGAAGCAGCUGCCGUUUCAUGUACCACAAAGGAAAUAGGAUAAACUAUUGAAACCAGUAUUACGACUUUGUCCUAAAUUGACGAAACCAUCAGUAGAGAAACAGUGGCGAAUAUUGCUGAGUUACUCAUCAUUACUGAACUAAAUUCAACUCAUUAUUGUACAGCAAAUUUGGCUCUGAUCGGCUGGUCAUGUCAUUUGAAUAGCACCGGAGGAUCCAGCUCAUCAAGUCUUUUUUAGUGUUGGGUGAAUGAAAUUCAGAUUCAUGAAUCUGAACGAAUGACUCUGAAUCUCUCGCUAUUUCAAAGAUUCAGGAAUCUUCAUGUAAUCAUGGUUUGGCAUGGUGUUUUAGGUGGUCUUCAACCCUCCACUUCCCCUUCCCCUCGUCGUACGUGUUUAGGCUCCCAAAAGUUUCUUCUCUUCAGUGAUGAUUCAUAUGAGUGAUUCUUUUUGAAAGAUUGAAUAAACACAACUAGUCCUUUUAGGUCGUUCACAUGGACAAACUGAGAUGGAUUGAUGAUGUUGAACCAGUCCUCCACAAAGACCGGGGUAAUGAAUUGGAUGAAAACGACACUCAACCGUGAGCGAUUUAGAAUAUUCCUGCAGCAGAUCAAGGCCGCGAAGUUGUUGUAGAUAAGGAACAAAUCACAAUAAAUAUAUUCAUUAUUAUCAUCAAGUUUCACGCUUAUCCGACUGUGUUGAAGAAUUCUAUUUUGGUAGAAACCAACCUGACUAUUGUUACUUAUUGUUACUGUAUGCGAAGGUAUUAAUUUCUCAAAAGAUGGAUGAUUUCAUUAUUAAUCCAACAUAUACCGCUUUUAAAAUACCAUUAGAAUUAGAUGGAACUGGAUCAAGAAGUUUAUUUACCUUCAGGGCUUUCCUUUCCGUAUGGUGUGGUAUGGAUGCUUACCAUUGAAGCGUGCCAUUUGCGUUAUCUUCGCACAACAACGCAACAUAACAACCGGCUGGGUCUAACGGAAUCGAUACACCAGCCAACCGAAUGACCGAUUUGUUCCAUCCACACGCAAUACAGAUGAAAUGCGAUCUGCCCAUCGUCUGGAAAUACCCGAGUAUUUUAAACUUCGUAUUGCAUGUGUAUGGAUUAAACUUUUUUUUCACUACUAAUGACUUUUGUUUCUUGCUCGAAACCUCACAGAAUAAUCGUUUGAUUACACCACAGACGUUUGAAGAAUAAUGUAUUUUUUUAACAUAUUUUUGUUUACCAACCUCUAAAUUCUAGCAUGUUCAGUUGCAUGGAUUAUCUUUAGGAAGGUUGCUAAAAGAAUGAUAAAAAGACAUGCCCAUUCCUGCAUAACGAUCUACAGUUAAAACCCAUUCUACAAUCCGACCUGUCGCAAUCCGUAACAGACUGGCAGAAAACCUUGGGAACAUUUCGUUUGGCGUCCAAUACAAAUAACCUGGAGGGGUGGUACACACGAGAAAUGAACUCGGACGAAAAGAGAAAUAGGAAAACGUGGAAAUUCCGCUGGGAAAGUGCUUGAGAUAAAGACAGGGAGAAAGAAGCUACAUUCAAUAGGUAACUGUUUGCUGGGAACUAGUCGUACACAUAUUAACGACCGACCGGAUUGCGCUACUCAAGAUGCCGCGCAAAGAGAUCAGUGUCAUCUUUGCCAUUGGUAAGGUUGGCGAAAUUCAUUCAUUGCAGCUUAGGCACGAAGUGUUUAUAUACCCAGUUGGGCAACUACUCCAACUGUAACGGACUUCAGCAAUGGGCGGUAGUGUUUGAAAGGAAAUUCUGCAUAUCCCAAAACGGGUGGUAGCGGAGUUUCUAGAAAUAGACUCAUCGCCAACGUAUCACCACAAACGAACUAACAGAAAGCUAAGUUUUUUUUCCUUCCUUCAAUACCUUUUGAUGAUGACCAGGCUGAUGCUUACUUCCAUUAGCUGCUCUUCGGAUGUGGGUUAGUUGGUUGUUGAAUGUUUUAACCCAAAUUUGUGGACAGCGUGAUGGUUAGGUUAUAAACCAACACUGGGCGUGGAAUUUUCGGACCAGACAUCGGUGCGGUGUACUUAACUUGAAGAAAGGGUCAGCUAUUUGCCAAACGUACUUUCAGAACUACAAUCGGCAUUUAUCCAAACUUUAAAUCAUCAUUCGCCCUACUAGAUGGAGAAGGGAAAAGUUUACAAAAAAAUAAAGCAUUUUUUUCCAGCUUUCAUAGAUGACAUGUAUGUAAAUUUGAGCUAUGAGGGAGAGUCGAUCGACUACUGUAAUAUGAUCAAUACAAUAUUCCUUACUAGAAAAGAGCUUAACAUCUCUUGUAGUCUUGUAUACUCCACGUACAGCCGUCUACUACUAUAUAUUUGUAUUAACCCAUAUUGUUUUAACCCAUAUAAUAACAGUGUUGAACUGAACAAAAUAUGUUAAAAGAUGAACGUUGAGAUUUUCUUGAAGUAGUAAAAAGCUAUUAUUCAAUGGAAGAAUUAUAAUUGAUGUUAAUGUAGUUUUAUACAUUAACUUCAUUGUAAUCAGUUCAGAAACGUGAUAGAAAUAUCCAAAUUGUAAUUGGUUUGUAUUAUUCUUGUUGUUCUAACGAUCUUUCAGAUCAUGCAAGCCAUAACUGAUUUUUACCUCGUAGUCGGAUAUUGAGCCUUUGUUACAAUGGAACGGUCUUGAUGACAUUUUGGUAGCGGUCGUUUAUUGUGAAAGACCGGAAACUUUACCAAUAAUCCACCAGUUGAUUUGUACAACGAUUUUUUUUUGUAUUUUUUGUUAGUCAAUUAGAUUUUAGGUAAUAAUAAUAUAGUACUGAAUAGUACAUUAGCACGGUGAAAAUGUAAAGAGGCGAUACGGGAAAUGUACAAGAAUUAACGGAAAAGGGGCAUUACAAAUGAUUUAGAAAUUAAAGUGAAUGAACUAACGCACAGAUUAAGUAAAGCAAUUGUAUUUUCGUCGACUGGGUGAGGUAAGGACGCUUGGUUUAAUUCCUCUCAAUUAGCUCACAGCUUGCACAAAACUAUGAGAACAGAAGGAUAUGUUAUGCUCUCAUUACGUUCUUUUGAACUGUUGCGUGUUGAAAGGCAACAUAUUUUGCGUUGAAUUCCGUUUCUUUCUUAUUAAAAUGAUGCGUGCGAACUGUAGAUAGGUUUACACCAAUUACAGACCAAGCGGAAUCUUUAAAUGAUUGAUAGCACGUUAAGAAGAAAUAAUUGCCAUCUUUUUCUCUACCACGUGAUACAUUCAAUCAAGCUGAGUCUGUUCCGUUUAAUCGAACCUGUUUAGAUAUGUGUCUAAUCACACGAUGCCCUUAAUGAAGUGAUCAAACUUGCAUGAACUAUCAGCGGCAGGAAACUCGUCGAUUUAAUCAUUUUGGCACAACUAUUGCACAACGAUUUGGUCUGUAGCGAAACAAACCUAUUGCUGCACAGUCAACGGUGGGCGAAGAUCGGCCACUGUGGAGCAGCUGUAGCAGCAGUAGCAGCAGUAGUAGUAAUAGUACUGCGUGCGACUUUGCUUAAGAUGCAUCGAUAACGGUCGGUGUUCGCAGCGGAAUAUAACUGUAAAGUAUAUUUCAACCAUGGGCCGCAAUUCGACACGCUCUAAGUACACCGGGACAGACGAAGCAGCGAAUGUGGUGGGGUAAGAAAAGUAAAGAAACAACACAACAAAAAUGGAUGUAUAAUCUUAUUUUCUGUUAGCGGUAGUCUACUUUUCCCGUAGAAGUCGGUGAUAAUUAGAAAAACAAACUAAUCCAUUUGGGAACAUAAAGCCAACGAAAGAAUAUCUUAUUCUUGAUGCUUCGAAGCGGAAGAGGUUGUGUUUCCUUUUCUGAUGUACUAUCACUGUAAAAUAGCCGUUUCCUCCGUUGCGUUGGGCGCAUGUUGGAACAUGCUGUUAAAAACGUGUGUAUCUCUCUAUCAUCAUUCCCGAUCGUGUUCCGGUUGAAACGUUUGAAGUAUGAAUAAAGGAUAAUUUUAUCAAGAUCUAUUAGUGCUAUUUAAUUUUACACUACGAUAGAAUAGAUCAUUUCGGUAAUGGGUGCAGCGCUUGUCUUUAUUUUCAAUAUGAAUUAGUUUUAGUGUGUGGCGUGUGUUUUGUUAUCAUUUGCAAAACAUUUGAAGUUUUGCUAGCCCAACUGUGCAAAAGCCUUGUUGAGUAAUAAACUCAAUAGCCUUACUAUGCAAGGGAUCAAUUUCAAGGGCAUUGUAAUCGGAAGGGAACGAUGCUUAACGAUUAGAAAACUUGACGCAUAAGAUGGUGAUGAGAAUAGCAGCAUCAGAAACGGGGUUCAGGCUUAGCACAGUUGCUUAGCUGAAGCAUUAAACCUGUCAAGGUCCUCUCGUACGUUUGGCAUCCAGAUGCCGCGCCGUCUCCAUCCAAACAUACAUCCCUCCUCUCUGCCAUUCUCAUCUUCGAAGCAACAGUAUAAAGAGCAAGGCUGGGUGAAAGCAGCAGUAAUAUGGGCAACCGAUCCUCAUCCGAUUCUUCUCUUCUGCGGGUAUGCUGAUAUGAUAUAUUCUUACCUGUGCUUGCUUUCUCCAUCUGGCGGAAGAAUCUGAACGUGUUGUAUAACAGCCAAACGCAGCCACCUCAUCGGGAUGAGCUGAUCGUGUAUAAAAAAAGUAGCGCUUUUGCCACGAAACCCACUUCGCUCUCCCGGGAAAGAGAAAGAGAGAACAUCAGAUUCCUACUAGAAAGAAAAUCGAGGGGGGAAAAGAACGAAAAAAGAAUAAGCAUCCGUAGCAGAAAACCUGCUUCGAUUUACACCGUCUUGCGCAGCGUGGGGUUGCAAAGUGAUGAGAAGGAAGAGGCACACACUGAACCGUCUUCACCAUACCACCAUCAUUCGGUUCGUUUGGUCCAGUCACUUACCAGACCACAAUCGUCGGUAUGCUUGCUUGCUUUCUUUCUCCUGCACUAGCAACUCUCGACGGGGGAAAUCGGGAUGUGGAGUGCUUGGCUUUCCUGUGAUGGCUGACAGUUUGGCGUAGAUCUACCACUGCUGGACGCGCCAGUACUAUUGUAGACCCCGACCAGUGUGGACGGUACAUAGAGAAGAGUUAGUGUAGUGUGGUGUUGUGCUGCCAGUAUAAAGUAUUCACUUCCGGUGCGACGACGUGAUCACCGUUCUCUUGAAGAACCAGGGAAUUAUAAAACAAAGCAAAAUAGUUCACUAAGAAUCAUCGAGAAGUGCAGUGAUAUUACGCUGAGCUGAAGAAAGUUCUACUCAAUUGACUGUGAUUAGGUUGUUGUUUAAAAAAAAUCAGUGUAUUUGGUGCAAAACUGAUUGCAAUCCUGCAACAACAGCAAACGAUGAAGUACCUAGUGUUUUUGCUUCUGUUUGGAUGUCAAGUAUUGAUCAGGGGUGAUGAGCUGUUGGACUCUGAAGAGCCUCCAGAGGGAUACUAUGCGUUCAUAGAAUCACCCUCUGCCGUUCCACCAAAGGUUCGUUCACCGCCGUACACGCACAUAAACAUUGAAUGUAAGGAAGCGACCAACCCCAAACCCUAUGUAUCCGCCAACAAUCUGUGCGGUGAUUUGAACAAGGGAAAGAUCCCCCGCAAUCCGAUGAAGCAAAACGUACUAGGCGAACCAUACCCAUUUGAAUUGAUUCGUAACCAAACGCUCAAAUUCUUGUCCAAGACAUUACCCGUACUCAAGGCGGAUGAUACCCUACCGAAGGUAACACAAAUCAUUCCCGAUGAACCCGUGGACCAGUUCGAUGAUAAUGGCAUUGGUCGCAGAAUGGGCAAAUCCAUGCGUAUGGAAGAAGAACGUCGCGCAGAAGAAGAUGCUCGGGCACCACGAAAGUUCUGCGAUGGUGGUGGUGUGUUCUGUGCCCUGUAUCGUGCCAUCCAAGGUGAACCGAUCAGCAGUAAGCUGGUAGCGGAAAGGCGCGAAGAGGCAGCCGCCUAUCCACCACCACCCCGUUACGAGGGACCUCCGACACCUUGCCCGGCAAAGGUGGAGUACGCAACGCCGGUGUUUGCUAAAAAUUAUCAAGGAUCAUGGCGCUACGUUGUGCAAAUUCCAUACGAGGGUUACUUUACGCAGACGGUAGAAGUGACGCGCUGUUUACAAGCCCGUUGCCACUACCUGGACGGUGGAUGCCUUUCCUCUCCACGUUGGGUUAGUUUGCUGGUAGCGGAAAUAUUUUACCCGAAUGCGGAAGAACAGUCAACUGCACCAACGACGACCACCACUACAGCUCCAUCGAUCCAGGAUUUCCAGGCAUACCAGCAGUAUCUGCAAAAACGUGCAGGAUUGCCUACGGACAACGUGUACGAAAGCGGCCUCAAUGGCAGUCCACAGCAGCAGCAACAAGCUCCAACUGCCGCUGCGUCCUCAGCCAAAGCAAAUCAGCAUUGCGAUGGUCACGAUGAAAUCGGAUGCUUCCAAGUGCGGCUGUACUACGAUUGGUUCCUCAUUCCCGGCUCGUGCAAAUGCUGGCGACCGGACUACUUUGCCAAGUACGUGCGAAAACGACCAUCGCCGGAUCUGUAAAAUCUGAAGGUCCUAAUCGGAUGAUUUAGCGAUAUAAGAUGCGAUCGUGCGACACGUCAAUGAGUCUUAUUAAUGCCCUCACACGAACGAACUGACUGACUGACAGGCUGGCGGCAGAUUAUUUAUUAUUUAUUUCACUAAAAUUCCGGUCACCUGAGAUGGACGAGAUAGAUAUGGGCUUGUAGUACACAUACGUUACUGCCAAAAAUAGUAAGACUGGACAGCAGCAUGGUGCGUCGCCCAUUCCUUGGUCCGGGCAAAAGACAAAUCUAGGCGACAUGUUUGUUAAGAGCACGAGCUGCUAAUGUAACUCGACUAACGGCGUCAAUGAAUCGGUUGUGGUGUUCUUCUACUAAAUAUUUUAAACUAUACUCUCGGGGGCUCUUACUUUGUCUGGCUCGCGUCCGGGUACGAACGGAAGGAAUGCUAGGAUUUUUUGGACUGCUAUCGCUUCGCAAGGUUAGCAUGUAUUGAAACACGGUUUUGCAAACUUGCUAAUAUGCCUGUGUGUACCUGGUCGUGAGACAAUUCUCCUGCUAACCUUGUGGAUACGUAUUGCGCCAAAAAAAGAGAAACUAAAAAAGCACACUUACGCACAAACACACGAACACGUACACACAUUAGCGUUACUUUUACUAUGUAAAUAAGACGUAAACCUUUUUAAAAUAUGAUCGUGAUUUUUUUUAAUAAAUGGUUUAUGACGUACAGAGAAACAAUUUUACUUUCUUUCUUGG